AUGCUUCUCUGUUCUGUGUCUCCAGGUCAUUUUUAUUGGUUGGAACCAGAACAUGCAUUUCAUCCUCUCCAGCCCUAUGACAUGAGCCGCAUUGCACUCGCUUUCCUCCAGGGCUCCUUCGCUUAUGCAGGCUGGAACUUUCUUAAUUAUGUAACAGAAGAGCUCAUUGACCCCUACAGGAACCUGCCUCGUGCAAUCUUCAUCUCAAUCCCUCUAGUCACUUUCGUCUAUGUAUGUGCGAAUAUUGCAUAUGUUACAGCUAUAAGCCCUCAGGAACUGAUGGCCUCCAAUGCUGUUGCUGUGACAUUUGGUGAAAAGCUGCUCGGGGUGAUGUCGUUGAUCAUGCCCAUCUCUGUGGCUCUGUCCACCUUCGGAGGGCUUAAUGGUUCCCUUUUCACGUCAUCUAGGUUAUUCUUUGCAGGUGCGAGGGAAGGGCAUCUUCCCCGUCUGUUGGCAAUGAUUCAUGUGAACCGCUGUACACCCAUCCCAGCUUUGCUUUUCACUUGUAUAUCAACUCUGCUGAUGUUGUGCACCAGUGACAUAUACACCCUCAUCAACUAUGUUGGCUUCAUAAACUACCUGUUUUAUGGGGUCUCUGUUGCUGGACAGAUUGUGCUUCGCAUUAAAGAACCAGACAUACAUCGGCCAAUCAAGGUGAGCUUGGCAUGGCCAGUAAUUUUCCUGAUUUUCUGGACAUUCCUUGUAUAUCAACUCUGCUGA